AUGGCUAGCAGAAAGAUAUUUGGAGAUAACAAUUUGACCCAUUCUGAUGCAGAAUUCCUCAUGGACACAGAGGUGCGAAGCAGAGACUUCUGGGCUGUCUUUAACGAUUAUGACAACUGUAUCAAACUGCAGAAAAUAAUAGACAUCUUGUACAACUCUGAGAAAGGAAAUGAUUACGAAGUUGAUUACCAAGAGAACCAGAAUGGGACACGUCUCACCAUUCGUUGCAAUGUGUGUUCAAAGGAGUUGACUUCCUAUGAUCCUUUUGUCACUCAUGAAAAUGGGAAGCUUCAUAAGAAGACCCGUCAGCAGAAGUUGAUUCCAAAGGAUCCAAAUCUUUCCACAAAAUUGCAAAAACGUCCCCACAAUGAAGUACGUGGAAUCUUCCCUAAAGGAUCCUUGGAAGAAAUGGUUGAUUCAUGUAGUGAACCUGUUCUUGGUAUACAGUUUGUAUACAAGGAAGUGAUACAUGGCAAAGAGACAUUUACCUGCCAGCUCUGUCAGAAAUCAAGUGAUGUGACAAGAAUUAAGACUUCCAGAAUGUUUGCACACUUGACUUCCUUAUCCCACAAUAGGAAAUACAUGGAAAUAAAGUUUGGACUUACAAAGGACCUUUUGCUGAAUUUUAAGGAUGAAGCUCGUCAGAUUGAAGAGCGCGAAGGAAAAAUUCACCAGCCCAUCAUUGACUUUACACAGCAGUUACCACCAGACCUGAGAGCAGACUUGGGCAGUUACAGCCACAGUCCCAACCACUCCAGUAGCCAGUCACGAAGGCGUCGAUCUAGAAGUCGUUCACACAGUCGUAGAUCAAGAAGUUUGUCCAGAGACCGAGACUCAAGAAGUCAUUCACGCAGCCGCUAUUCUAGGAGUCCCUCACGUAGUCAACGAUCUAGAUCUCGAUCCACCAGUUCCACUUCCAGAAGUUCAUCUAUUGGUCCAGAGGAAUCUGGAGCAUCUACUGGCCAUGCCCCAAGGGUCCACUCCAAAGACUGGGAAGCAGAGAGUCCUUUUGACAAAGCAGAUGCUGUUCCAGAACAGAUCCCACUUCCUCCUCCUCCUCCACCAAUUCCUCUUGCUCUGCAACCACAAACAGCAGAGGCUGAAGUAGAGGUUGACAUGUAUGAAGAUCCAAGACCAAUUUUAGAUGAAAUAAAGCUACUGCACCAGGUAAAAACAUAUGACUUUGUAGUAUGUUGGAUAACAUAA